UGAGAAGUUAACAGGACAGACCUUUGAGGAUUACUCCUUUAAAGUGUCUUAUAUUUUGGAUAUGGAUGCUGCUCCGCCUCUGCCUGCGACCCGGAAUCGUCGGGGUGGAAGGACAUCACGGGAACAGGACUCCCAGCCUGGGACCUCUGCAGGCUCCCUGGGUCCCCGACAGAAACAGCCAGACUUCCCCUUGCGCAUGCUGGUGCCCACGCAGUUUGUGGGAGCCAUCAUUGGCAAGGAGGGGCUCACAAUCAAAAACAUCACCAAACAGACACAGUCUAAGGUGGACAUUCAUCGUAAGGAGAAUGCGGGAGCGGCAGAGAAGCCGAUCACCAUCCACUCCACUCCUGAAGGCUGCUCCGCCGCGUGCCGCAUGAUCAUGGACAUCAUGCAGAAAGAGGCUGAUGACACGAAGGUAACUGAGGAUAUUCCUCUGAAGAUCCUGGCCCACAACAGUCUGGUCGGAAGACUGAUCGGGAAGGAGGGCAGGAACCUGAAGAAGAUUGAAGAGGAGACCGAAACCAAGAUUACCAUCUCCUCUUUACAGGACUUAACUAUUUAUAACCCAGAGAGAACCAUUAUAGUGAAGGGGAGUAUCGAGGCCUGUUGUAGGGCUGAAGUGGAGAUCAUGAGAAAGCUGAGGGAAGCCUAUGAGAAUGACAUUGCUGCUAUUAACCAACAAACCAACCUUAUCCCUGGGCUAAGCCUGAGCGCACUGGGCAUCUUUUCAACCGGUUUGUCAGUAUUGCCACCAGCUGCUGGGCCCAGAGGCGUCCCACCCUUACCCCCAACUGGCUACAACCCUUUUCUUGGUCACUCAUCACAGCUGGGUGGGCUGUAUGGUGUCCCGCCUGCUAGUGCCAUCUCUCACCAGCACACAGCUCCUGAACAGGAGGUGGUCUACCUCUUUAUUCCAACUCAGGCUGUCGGUGCUAUUAUUGGCAAGAAGGGCCAACAUAUCAAACAACUGGCACGAUUCGCAGGAGCCUCUAUUAAGAUCGCACCUGCAGAGAGUCCUGAUGCCACUCAGAGGAUGGUCAUCAUCACUGGCCCACCAGAAGCUCAGUUUAAGGCCCAGGGCAGGAUAUUUGGGAAACUGAAAGAAGAGAAUUUCUUUUCUGCAAAAGAAGAAGUGAAGCUGGAGACACAUAUAAAAGUGCCCUCUUCAGCAGCUGGGAGGGUCAUCGGGAAAGGUGGCAAAACGGUUAACGAGCUGCAGAACCUAACCAGUGCAGAGGUCAUAGUGCCACGGGACCAAACCCCAGACGAGAACGACGAGGUCUUUGUCAAAAUUAGUGGGCAUUUUUUUGCCAGCCAGACUGCACAGAGGAAAAUCAGGGAGAUCAUCCAGCAGGUGAAACAACAGGAGCAGAAGCACCAGCAAGGCGCCCCCGUGACACACCGCUCCAAGUGACCAUCAGGGCAGCCCCAGCGGGCACCUGCCAAUGAAUGUAGCCCUCCCAACUGGAAUCAGACCAGACCGGACGAAGGGGACUGGCCGGGCAGACCAGCAGCCGUGGGAUCAAAACCAAAGAACUUCUUUCUGGGGGAGAUGAAGGAGCCACAGGCAGAAGGGCUCUGAGUGCACUGCCAGCUUGGGGAGGGAGGGGGGAAGGAAGUGCAAGAAGACAAGUGUUCCUUUUAUUGUUCAAAUAAACCCUGAGCUUGAGAAGAAUAGGUAUGGGGCACCUGUUAUCAGGAUGGGAAACAUCACGGUCGCCCCACGUAACAAUUUCUUAAUUUAGGCUUAAUCUAGGGUUAACACAGAUGAAAAGCUCCAUUAACACAUGUACACUGAUGCAUUUUGACUGAGUUGUGUUGCUGUUUUCUGGGGUAGAUAAAGUGUGGGUGUGCACUAGCAGUUGGCGACCGAUUAUUAUUAUUAUUUUUUUGUUAUUUUUUGAUGCUCAGAUUGCGAUUUCAAUGAUUCUAAGCCGUAUUCUCACCAGUACACUAGAACAAAUAUACUGUUAUAUCUAAAGCAGAAGCACGAUUCUUCUUGUUUUGCACAAGCCAUCGGGCAUGUAGUGCACAUCACGUACGCAUAUAACAUUAUGUUUUUCAGAUUUCUUGAUGAUGGGACAAGAAAGUUGGGAAAUGUAAAUGACAGAACGUUUAUUCAUAUCUUAGCCUGUUUGCAUUUCGGGAAACAUCAUCCAACUCAACGGGUCCUUGUUACUUAGCCUGUGCGUGCCAACGGAUGCCGUUAAAACAUUUAUUUCUGUGCAUAUCUUUCAUUUUUUAACUUCAUUUGUAACUUCAUCAUCAUUUGUAGUUUGUUCUUAUUUCUGUCCAGCUCUUACACUCCCUUUUUAUUUUUCUGCAUUUAGUCAUUUCAUCGCCACCGCAUUCUUGUGGCGGCAGUCAUUAAGAGACGGAGUAGGUAUGUGGUAGAUGUGGCUUAGGAGUCACCACCCCUUGUUUGCUUUUGGGGGUAUGAAAAGAAUAUAAAGCAAGCACCAGUGUCUGAAAGACAGUGCACCUUUUCUGGCUCGGGCAGAACGAAAUCGAAUGUGCACCAAGAACUCUGCCUUAAUCUAUGCUGAAAGGAAACGAAAAGACGGGCGACUCAAAAUGUGAUUGGAGGGUCAGGUUGAUGUGGGACGGGGAGGCACCUUAUGACCUGUGGUACACACACGACCGCGUUUGGCUUUAAAUCUCUUUGUCAGGGAGCUUUCUAAACGGCAUGACAGCUGUGAAUGUACAAUAAGCAGCCUUUUAGAAAGAGCACCACCCUGUCAUGUUCAGUAAGCUGGUUGGUCGGUGAGAUUAUUGGUUUGUUUGUUUUUUACCAAUACUCGGGCUGUUUUGGGAAACUGAUUGACUGUUUCAACAGGACGUGCAGGCAUAGAUAUCCUUUUGUGCUUUAUUUUUUUUCUUCUUUUUGACCACUGGUCUAUGUCAUCACAGACAGCUCCCUCGCCCAAUGAGAGCUAAGCCUCAUCUUCCAGACGCAAGGUUUAUGCCAAUACGCACAGCUUCCA